AUGUCCUAUGACCGCUACGUUGCCAUCUGCCAACCCCUGCACUACGGGACCCUCCUGGGCAGCAGAGCUUGUGUCCACAUGGCAGCAGCUGCCUGGGGCACUGGGUUUCUCUAUGCUGUGCUGCACACGGCCAAUACAUUUUCUAUACCACUCUGCCAGGGCAAUGCUCUGGACCAGUUCUUCUGUGAAAUCCCCCAGAUCCUCAAGCUCUCCUGCCCACAUUACUACCUCAGGGAAGUUGGGCUUCUUGUGGUUAGUGCCUGUUUAUUCUUUGGCUGUUUUGUUUUCAUUGUGCUGUCCUAUGUGCAGAUCUUCAGGGCCAUGCUGAGGAUCCCCUCUGAGCAGGGACGGCACAAAGCCUUUUCCACGUGCCUCCCUCACCUGGCUGUCGUCUCCCUGUUCAUCAGCACUUCAUUUUUUGCCUACCUGAAGCCCCCCUCCAUCUCCUCCCCAUUUCUGGACCUGGUGGUGGCAGUUCUGUACUCGGUGGUGCCUCCAGCAGUGAACCCCCUCAUCUAC